AUGUAUGAACCAUUGCCCAUCCAACCUCACACACCUACCAGCAGCAGCAGCAACGACGUCCACGUCCAAACCGACAUCGAUCCCCGGACCUCCGACCUCCUGCGGCGUCUCAACCCCAAGCACACGAGCGACCACGUCAACGGGAUCAUCUCCCUCGCCCCGGACCUCACCGAGGACCUCCUCUCGUCGGUCGACCAACCGCUCACGAUCCAGCGCUGCAAGCAGACGGGGCGCGACUACCUGCUCUGCGACUACAACCGCGACGGUGACAGCUACCGCUCUCCCUGGUCCAACCAGUUCGAUCCACCCCUGGACGAGGGCGGCGUCGGCGGCGUCGGCGCCGACGGCAAUGAGGGGGCCGGCGAGGGGGCCAUCCCGAGCGAACGGGUGCGCAAGAUGGAGGUCAAGGCCAACGAGGCCUUUGACGUCUACAGGGACCUCUACUACGAAGGCGGCGUGAGCAGCGUCUACUUUUGGAACCUCGACGACGGCUUUGCCGGCGUCGUCCUGCUCAAGAAGUCGGCACCCCCCGGCGGCACCAGCUCGGGUGUGUGGGACUCGAUCCACGUCUUCGAGGCCAUCGAGCGCGGCCGCACGACGCACUACAAGCUGACGUCGACCGUCAUCCUCUCCCUCGCCACGGCCGAGGGCGGCGUCGGCGACAUGGACCUGAGCGGCAACAUGACGCGCCAGCUCGAGCAGGACCUGCCGGUCGAGAGCGACGAGAGCCACAUCGCCAACGUCGGCCGGCUCGUCGAGGACAUGGAGCUCAAGAUGCGCAACCUGCUGCAGGACGUGUAUUUCGGCAAGGCCAAGGACGUCGUCGGCGAUCUGCGCAGCAUCGGAAGCCUCAGCGAGGGCGCCCGCGACCGCGAGACGCAGAGGGGGAUCAUCGGCAGCAUGAAACGAUCGGAGGGGGCCGAGGCGAAUGCCUAG